CCAGCCAGUCAAGCGAACUGCUCCCUCUGGAAGAUGGCGGUUGGGAUGCUGUCUGGGGCUGGAGCACAGCGCUGGAUCUUCAUAGGAAGCUAACUUUACGGAUGUAAAGACAAUGUUCCGUUUUUCUUUUAUCACUCUUAUGGACUGGACUACUCUGGUGUUGUGUAAUUAGAACACACAUCACCCUUUAACCGGCUGAAAUUUGGUCGGAAAGUGGAGGGGUCUUUUCGGGGACGGGAAAAGCUAAACCGCUAGCCGUAGCUUGCGCAUUGCUUGCUCUUGCUACACAUUGAUGGUAGGGUGGGAGGAAAGUGGAUGAAAAUGUCGGAUACCAAGGUAAAAGUUGCGGUCAGAGUCCGGCCCAUGAAUCGUAGAGAAACGGAACUGCAUACAAAAUGUGUGGUGGAUAUGGAGGAUAACCAGACAGUUCUGCAUCCACCGCCUUCAAAUACAAAAGGAGAAAACAGCAGGAAACAACCCAAGGUAUUUGCCUUUGACCACUGUUUCUGGUCAAUGGAUGAGUCCAACAUCGCCAAGUACGCUGGUCAAGAGGUGGUGUUCAAGUGCCUUGGUGAGGGAAUACUAGAAAACGCCUUUCAAGGAUACAAUGCCUGCAUAUUUGCCUACGGACAGACAGGUUCAGGGAAAUCCUUCUCCAUGAUGGGGAAUGAGAAAGCUCCAGGGCUGAUCCCCCGCCUGUGCUGCUCACUGUUUGAGAGGAUCAGCCGUGAGGAUAGCCAGGCUCACUCCUUCAAAGUGGAAGUGUCAUACAUGGAGAUCUACAACGAGAAGGUCCGGGACCUGCUGGACCCUAAAGGGAGUCGUCAGUCUUUGAAGGUCAGAGAGCACAAAGUCCUGGGCCCGUAUGUGGACGGCCUGUCACAACUGGCUGUUACCGACUUCCAGGACAUUGAGGUGUUGAUGUCUGAGGGGAAUAAGUCCCGGACAGUGGCGGCCACCAACAUGAACGAGGAGAGCAGUCGUUCCCACGCAGUGUUCAGCAUCAUCGUUACACAGACACUCUAUGAUCUGAAGUCUGGGAACUCAGGUGAGAAGGUGAGUAAGAUGAGCCUUGUGGACUUGGCUGGAAGUGAGCGUGUGUCCAAGACUGGAGCAGCUGGGGAGAGGCUGAAGGAGGGCAGCAACAUCAACAAGUCACUGACCACUUUGGGCUGCGUGAUCUCGGCGCUGGCGGACCAGUCGGCAGGGAAGGGGGGAAAGACCAAAUUUGUGCCUUACAGAGACUCUGUCCUUACCUGGCUCCUCAAGGACAACCUGGGUGGGAACAGUAAGACGUGCAUGAUUGCGACUGUGAGCCCAGCGGCCGACAACUACGAGGAGACGUUGUCCACCCUGCGAUAUGCUGACCGCGCCAAGAGAAUCGUCAACCACGCCGUCGUCAACGAAGACCCCAAUGCUCGCAUCAUCAGAGAGCUCCGAGAGGAGGUGGAGAAACUUAGAGUACAGCUCUCUCAGGCCGAGUCUCUGAAGGCCCCAGAGUUGAAGGAGAAGCUUCAGGAGUCAGAAAAGCUGAUCCAAGAGAUGAAUGUCACCUGGGAGCAGAAACUACGCAAGACAGAGGAGAUUGCUACGGAGCGUCAGAGACAACUGGAGAGUAUGGGCAUCUCCUUGGAGACAUCCGGGAUAAAGGUCGGUGAGGACAAGUGUUUCCUAGUUAACCUCAAUGCUGACCCCGCCCUCAACGAGCUGCUUGUCUACUACCUGAAGGAGCACACGCGUGUGGGGGCGGACACUUCGCAGGACAUCCAGCUCUGUGGGAUCGGUAUCCAGUCGGAGCACUGCAUGUUGGAAAUCAGCCCAGAUGGAGGAGAGGUCACCUUGACGCCCAUAGACAACGCCAGAACGUGCGUGAAUGGGACCAUGGUGGAGUCUCUGGUCCCGCUGUGGCACGGAGACCGCAUCUUAUGGGGCAACAACCACUUCUUCAGGAUCAACCUGCCUGGACGUAAGCGGCGCGAGCGUCUGAAGGAGCUGGAGAGGGAGCGGGCCUCCCCCAGGGAGAGCUUUAUAGAAGUGGACGUGGAGACGGCCAGCGAGGCCUCCUCUGAACAGGACUACAGCUACGAGUUCGCCCAGAUGGAGGUCAUGAUGAAGACCCUGGGAAACAACGAUCCCAUGCAGAACGUGGUUCAGGUUCUGGAGAAGCAGUACCUUGAGGAGAAGCGCAUGGCGCUGGAAGAACAGAGAAUGAUGUACGAGAGAGAGCUAGAGUCACUACGGCAACAGCUGUCUCCGGAAAGGACCAAUCAGCACCAGCGAAGCAGCAGUGACCGCCUCACCUUCCCCACACACACACCAUCACACCACAGCAAGAUACGCCUCUGGACGGAGGAGAGGGACGAGCUGUUCCGUCAGAGUCUGUGCAGGUUGAGGGAGCAGGUUGUGAAGGCCAACACCCUGGUGAGAGAAGCCAACUUCCUGUCUGACGAGAUGAACAAGCUCACUGACUACCAGGUGACCCUGCAGAUACCUGCAGCUAACCUCAGCGCCAACCGCAAGCGUGGAGCCAUAGUGAGUGAACCAGCCAUCCAGGUCAGACGGAAAGCAAAGGGCACUCAGGUGUGGACCAUCGAGAAGCUGGAGAACAAACUGGUGGAUAUGAGAGAUCACUACAGGGACUGGAAGGAGGGAGUUGAGGAGAAGCAUUACAAGCUGAACAACAGCAAGCAGCCUGCUGACCCGUUCUAUGAGGCUCAGGAGAACCACAACCUGAUAGGAGUAGCCAACGUAUUUCUGGAGUGCCUUUUCCAUGACGUCAAACUACAGUACGCUGUACCCAUCAUCAGCCAGCAGGGGGAGGUAGCGGGCCGGCUCAACGUCGAGCUGAUGCGUGUCAGUGGGGCGGUGCCGGAGCGGCUGGUGGGCGGAGACGACUCGUCGGAGAACUCCAGCGAGAGCAGCAUGUACGAGGUGAUGGACACGCAUGGAGAGAUCGUCCAUAUGGCCAGGAAGCUCACCUACAGGGUGCGUAUCAGGGAGGCCACAGGACUGCCUCUCAACCUCUCCAACUUUGUCUUUUGUCAAUACACCUUCUGGGAGGGGGCGGAGCCUACGGUGGCCCCGCCUGUGGUCAGCCCAGACACGCCCACCACACCCCGCAGCCCCGACGCCCAGUUCACUGUCCGCUUUGACCACUGCAAGGACUAUGUGGUCCAUGUGACGGAGGAGUUUCUGGAGUUCAUUUCUGACGGGGGGCUGGCCAUCGAGGUGUGGGGUCACCGCUGUGCCGGCAAUGGACGCUCUCUCUGGGAAAUGGACGCUCAACAGGCCAAGACACGCACGCUACGAGACAGGUGGAGCGAGGUGUCUCGUCGUGUGGAACUGUGGGCUUCCAUCCAGGAGUUGAAUGAGCAGGGGGAGUACUCGGCUGUGGAGAUGCACCCUGGGAAGGAUGUCAGCACUGGGGGAGUCUUCCAGCUACGACAGGGCCACUCUCGCAGGCUCCAGGUGUCUGUGAAACCGGUGCCAAACUCUGGGACGCUGCCUCUGUUAGUGGAGGCUAUUCUGUCGGUUUCUAUUGGCUGUGUGUCGGCACGCUCCACCAAGCUACAGAGACCCCUGGACAGCUACCAGAGGGAGGAGGUGGAGGCUGAUGAUGGGGAUAGUUACCAGGAGGAGGACCUGAACUGUGUGAGGGAGCGCUGGUCCGAAGCCCUGAUCAAACGACGAGAGUACCUGGAUGAACAGAUCAACAAGAUCAUCAAUAAACAGGAGAAGUCUGAGGAGGAUAUGGAACGGGAGGCCCGGUUGGUGGAACAGUGGGUUGGGUUGACUGAAGAGAGGAACGCUGUGUUGGUGCCCUCACCUGGCAGUGGGAUACCUGGAGCCCCUGCACACUGGGCGCCCUCUGCUGGAAUGGAGGCUCACAUCCCUGUGCUGUUCUUGGAUUUAAAUGCAGACCACCUGACCGUUAAUGAACAGUUAACGGGACCUCACGCUGCCGGAGUUAACUCAAUCCUGCCCAAGGAGCACGGCAGCCAGUUCUACUACCUGCCCAUCAUCAGACACUGUGACGAUGAGGUGUCAGUGGUGUGUUCCUGGGACUCUUCAAUUCACGACUCGGUUCACCUGAACCGGGUGACGUCGCCCAAUGAGCGCAUCUAUCUGAUCAUCAAAGCCACGGUGCAGCUCAGCCACCCAGCAUCCAUGGAGUUGGUGGUCCGCAAGAGGAUCGCUGUCAACAUAUACAAUAAACAGACCUUCACCCAGAGUUUGAAGAGAAGGAUGUCCGUGAAGAACACACUUUACUCCUGUGGAGUCACCUAUGAGAUUGUAUCCAAUAUACCGAAGGCCUCAGAAGAGCCUGAGGAGAGAGAGACUCUGGCCCUGAUGGCAGCGCGGGGAGACAGUGAGGAGAGUCAGGAUGGAGAGACGUACAUAGAGAAAUACACCAGAGGGGUUCUGGAGGUGGAGAACAUACUCAGUCUGGAGAGACUCAGACAGGCGGUGACGGUGAAGGAAGCGCUGUCUGUUAAAGGGAGACAUAUCAGAAGGAGCCUCAGCACCCCCAACGUACAGCAUUCUUCCUGCAGCAAAACGGACCUGACCAGCUGUGAGGAUGAAGACUGGAAGGGCCAUUGUGACUCUCACCUGGACGUCUCUGACUGCACUCUCCAGGACGGUGGUUCUCUGUGCGGCACACCACAGAAAAACAGAGCAGAGAAUCAUGGUAUGGUGCCAGAGACUCCCACCUUCUUCAACUCAAGCCCUUUCAAGGCCCUCUCUCCUCAGCCACCCAAGUUCCUCAAGUCCCUGCUGCCUGUCAAGGAGGAGAACAAGCCCCAGAGAGCCCUGGAGGCACGUCCACUGCUGGGACAGGAGGACUCUGAAGAGGAGGACGUGGACCUGGCUCUGAGCUUGGGCCCUCCAGAAUACAACAUCUUCCAGCCAUACGUCCCGGAGAACUUUGCCAACUUCGAGGUGUACAACGCUACGCUGGAGACUUUGGAGGGGAUGUGUGUGACGGGGGGCAGAGUCGUCGGAGGGGAGAGGGGGGGCGCUCCUCGCAGCCCGACAGCCAGCAGUUGCACCAGCGGCUACUUCUCCCACAGCGCCUCGGACGCCACGCUCUCGGAUGUGCCCUUCGGCGCCAGCGACAGCUCCGAUCAGCUGAGCGCUGCCGCGGGGGACAGAGACCCGGACCGGGAUGCCCACCACAACCCCCGCCUCCUUCUCCUCCACGAGACCUCUUCCCCGGUCUGCCCCAGCGCCUCCCCCAAGACCAGAAGUGCUGCGGCGGGGGUCGGGACCCAGCUCCCUGCCUUCCACUCACACCACAAACCCCCUUCCCCCACACCCCCUCCGACCUCCUCCCCAGUCAGCGUUCCUAACUGCACGGAGGAGCAGCCUCCCUCCUCCCCGCUGCGCAGCAGGCGUGUCCUCAGUGUCAGCCAGGAGUUCACAGAUUUCAAAGGGGCCGACGAUGGCUUUGGGGAGCAGGGACCCUUCCAAGAAGGAUGGCAGCCUGGGGGCCCAGCGCUCCUGUCGCCCGUCCACCAGGAGGAGGAGCUGGGCUCUGGCAGGGAUCACCCUGGUAACGCCCCAAUCCACAACGGUGAACAGUGUUCCGUGCCCCACCAAGCCCCCUCUAGCCCCCCGGGCCGGCUAGCAGGAGGGGAGCCCCGGAUCCAGGAGCCGGCCCAGGGAGACCUCCCUCCCGGGAGUCCCUGUCCCAGCCCCAACUACAGCAGCGCCGAGGGGUCCGGCGACUCCUCCAGCGGGGACGAGGGCUCCGGUGCCCCAGUGGCCCAGUUGCCAGACUGGAUGGCGCCCGGGGAGGUGGUGUGGGUGGGGAAGAGGAGCGGCACGGUGCACUACGUCGGCGGGGUGGAGUUCGCCAAGGGGAUUUGGGUCGGUGUUCAGCUGGACCUGGCCGUGGGGAAGCACAACGGGACAGUCCAGGGGAGGGUGUAUUUCCGCUGUCCUCCAGGCCACGGGGUGUUCGUCAAGCCCUCGCGGCUCAGCAGGGGACCCCCCUCCAUGGACACCACAGACCCCCAGCCCCUCAUCCGAUGAAAUCCACAAAGCAACCUUUUCUCCAGAAAACACUGCCUUCUGGAAUACGAAAGGUGGGUCGGCUGGUCCCGUCUAGCCUGUCCUGCAACCCGGGGCCCAGUGACAGACGCUCAACAGCAAAGCCUCCAGACCUGCCCCUGUCCUCCUCACCAUCCUUCCUCCUGUCCCCGUUGGCUUCUAGACCCGACCGUCGUGUCCUGGGUCUGUUGGUGUAAAUGUUUCCCCGUGAUCCUAUCUAACCAGUCCUUUUUCUAGACGGCAUCUCUCUCGAUAAUCGCUGUCCACCGAAAGUCAGGACGCGCACCUCCGCAUUUUUCUUUUGCUUUCGUUCACGUCGAGGACGUCGUGUUGUGUGAGCUUCAGCUGAGAGUCUGAGAGGAUUAACUUUACCCGGACGUUUUUUAUUGGAUUCGUGUCAUGAAUUCUGCUCAUCGAGAUGUAAUACUUAUGUGUUUUUCCCCAUAAUGGCGACAGAGGCCUGUAAUCUGGACUGUGUCGGGGGGGGGAUGUUCUACUGUUUCUAACACACUGGUCACUCUUUGUUGUCAAAGUCACUAUGAUGCAUCAUGGCUAACCAAAGACCUAAGGUUUCGUAUCUGCUGUUUAAAACUGAUAUCUCGCGUUGCUCGUGUGUAUUUGUGUGUGCAUAUAAUGUGUGUGUGUGUGUUCAUUGAGUAAGGCGUAGUGCCAUGUUCCCAUGAUUAACCCCUGUGCCACAGGCCUGCUGUCCUCUUGGGCUGCCUCCUGCGAAAAACAAGUCAUCAAGUGAAUAUGAGUCCACUGUUGAUGUAUUUGAAGGUGUGGCCACACUACGACUCCGUCUGUGUCGACAUGCUCCGUGUGUAGCACUGUUUCGAUGGCGGAUGAAGCCCAGCCCACUAAAUGUAUUUGAACUGUUGCCAUUGCCAACUGACCGAGUCAUGCUUCUUGCACUGGAGUGAGUCAACCCUCAGACCGUUUCUCUUCCAUUUGAGAGACUGUCUACUGUACUGUCCUGUCUGUGUGUCCUUCACUGGGUCGUGUGCCCUAGACACCGAACGGAAGGAAACCGAUCUUGUCCAAUAAGACACUUGUUUUUUUCAUAGCAGAACUCACAUUAACGAAAAGGACCCUGGUGUGAGGCUAACGACACUAUAGCAAAAUGUGCCUCUGGAGAGGGUGGAAACGGAGGCGUCCAUGUUGGUCCUGUGCUGUGUCAUCUGUUUGAAUGAAGCGGCUAAGCUUGGCCUGACUGAGGCCUGGUUGUCCGCAAGCCUUACUGCCCUGUUCUGCAUUCAUCUAUGGAGAGAAAGUGCAUCGUAUUCCUCAUGUAGAGCACUACUUAUGACCCAGAAUGCACUGCGUGGAGAAUACGGCGCCAUAUGGAGCACAACCAUAGGGGAUACUGCAGAAGGCUCAGUUGCUUGACCAAGGAUGUGUUAUUGUACUGACUUCCUGGGAUCUAAUUUAUAGCCCAACAUUUGGACCUAAAGCCUGUGUAUGACUCUGACCUGAACCCCGGAGGCAUUUUUCGAUGCUCUCCUUCACUGUCUGGGGGCCAGUUCUUUCAAAGGUUGUCCACCUGGAUUUUGCCUAUCCGGUACGAUUAGAUGCAGAGAAAUAUGAUGAAUAGAAUGGACAAAUCCUUGUCUUGAAUGGGGAUUGCUGUUCUAUUUCAAUUUUGAAUUAUAUUUCUCUGCAUUCAGUCUUAUCAAAUUGGCGAAAUAAACGUUUAAAAAGCCACUCCUGCAAUCCGCUGGAUUUUUUAAAAUGUAAAUUUGACUAAUGAGUAACGUUGAAGUCUUUUUAUAGGUACUCAUGCCAACAAAUGUAGUUUUACUUUUCUUUUUACAGGGAGGGCAGGAUUAUCAGGUGGUGGACAAUGUGAGGAAACGGGAUGGUUGGGAGACAUGUCAAAUAGUUUUGUAAACUAAAUGAUGACUUAUGUCCUUCUGACACUUGUAUGUUAUUGUGGAUGUAUCGAUCUUUGGUCUAGGGUGUUUGGGCAUUCCUCUACUGACUCCUUGCAGAGCAUCAGCAGAAGAACAGACUGACACCCAAGACCACAGUCGAAUGUGGCUAUCUGUGGUGGAACUGAGAAGAAACAGAACUAUAUAGUAUUGCUGUAUUUUCAAGUAAAUAUGACAAGAAACCCAAGACCUUACUUAAAGUUAAGAUCAAAGCUGCUCUCCCUAACGAGGAGUUGUAAAUAGAAAUGUAUUUGAACAUAGUAUUAUUUACAUUAUUAUAAUGUACAGAAUUGUAUUUAUAUUGUAUCGCAACACACUUGUUAAUUGGUACAGAGAUGUUCUAGAAUACAGAACGUUUAAAA